ACUGCACAGGGAGGCGUUUGCUAGAAGAAGGACCAGCAGGGCUCCUGGCCUUUCUCUCCGCCUCAGUCCUGGUUCCCGGCUCCCGGGAGCUCAGCUCCCUGCCUCUCCCGCUAUGUACCGACCACGAGCUCGGGCGGCGCCCAAAGUCAGGGGCAGGCGCUGCGCCGUGCCCAGCACCAUAUUCCUACUGCUCGCCUACCUGGCUUACCUGGCGCUGGGCACUGGCGUGUUCUGGGCGCUGGAGGGUCGGGCGGCGCAGCUCUCCAGCCUUAGCUUCCAGCGCGACAAGUGGGAGAUGUUGCGGAACUUCACGUGUCUGGACAGCCCGGCGCUGGACUCGCUGAUCCGGGACAUCAUCCAGGCAUACAAAAACGGGGCCAGCCUCCUCAGCAACACCACCAGCAUGGGGCGCUGGGAGUUUGUGGGCUCCUUCUUCUUUUCCGUGUCCACCAUCACCACCAUCGGGUACGGCAACCUGAGUCCCCACACAAUGGCCGCCCGACUCUUCUGCAUCUUCUUUGCUCUUGUGGGGAUCCCGCUCAACCUCGUGGUGCUCAACCGACUGGGGCAUCUCAUGCAGCGGGGAGUACACCACUGCGCCCGCAGGCUGGGGGGCACCUGGCAGGACCCCGGCAAGGCACGGUGGCUGGUGGGCUCCGGUGCCCUCCUUGCAGGCCUCCUGCUCUUCCUGCUGCUGCCGCCGCUGCUCUUCUCCCACAUGGAGGGCUGGAGCUACAUCGAGGGCUUCUACUACUCUUUCAUCACCCUCAGCACCGUAGGCUUCGGCGACUACGUGAUCGGGAUGAACCCCUCUCGGAGGUACCCACUAUGGUACAAGAACAUGGUGUCCCUGUGGAUCCUCUUUGGGAUGGCGUGGCUGGCCUUGAUCAUCAAACUGAUCCUCUCCCUGCUGGAGACCCCAGGAGGGGCAUGUUCCUGCUAUGAAUGCAGCUUUAAAGAAGACUUCAAGUCCCAGUGCUGGAGGCAUAGGCCAAAUAGGGAGCCAGACUCCCACUCCCCACAGCAAGGUUGCUAUCCAGAGGGGUCCAUGGGUAUCAUACAGCAUCUGGGACCCUCUACUCAGGUUGCACGCUAUGUCAAGGACAGCUAGUUAUCUUCCAGUACUUGCUUGAUCAUCUUCCUCAGUAACAAGACCUCUCAUUUUAAGCUUGGCUAUGACCACGUGGACAAAAGACCAUAUUUUCCAUCCUCCCUUGAGGCUAGAUACAGCUAUGUGAUUAAAUUCCACCCAACAAGAAAUAUCCUUAUAAUACUUCCAAUAAGAGAAGUAUCUUAUGUGACAUGGGAUGUGACUUUCAGGUGGGGACAAGACAUUCCCUUCUUCUCCUCUUCUUUACUCUAGCUGCCUGCAAUGCCGAUGCAGUGACUGGCGCUCUGGCAGCCAUAUUGCACCAUGAGGUAGAGGCCAUGUUUGAGAUUGGUAGUGUAGUAAGAUUGAAAGAGUGUAGAUCCCUGGUGACUGCAGAGCCAUCAUAAUAAACCUGACUGAAUACCACCAGAUUUCAUUUAUGUAA